AUGUACGGGAUCUGGUUCGUGGUCUUCCUGGUAGCGUGCCUUCUCUUGACAGCGGAGGGUCAGCUGACCUUCACGUCGAGCUGGGGGGGCAAGCGCUCCAUGGGGGACCCCAUGCUCUGCCGCAACAACGAAGCCAUCGCGAACAUAUACAAAUCGAUUAAGAAUGAGGCCGAAAGAAUGCUUCUCUGCCAGAGACUUUCA